CUAGACAGAUUACUACCGCUACAGGAAUACAGAAAUCAGUCUGAGGGCGACGGGUGAGCCGGGAGCGCCGCAGCCGCAGCAGCUUGGCCGCACCUGUCCUCCAUUUCUACAACAGCCUUAUUUUACGUCUCCUGCUCCAAUGGAGGCAGCCGUGCUGAACCACGCGAUAAUGACGGAGGUGGACUGCAACAGCAACACCCUGAACGCCGAGCUGGAGGUGAAGAAGCUGCAGGAGCUGGUCCGGAAGCUGGAGCGGCAGAACGAGCAGCUGAGGACCCGGGCGAGUAGCUGCUCAGGCGGCCCGCAUGUGCUGCCUCCAUCCUCGGCGUGCGUGCUCGGCAGCGCCGGGGGAUACUGCCUCCCCAGCCCGCUGCCCACCCUGCUGUGCCAGUCGUCCUUGGGGUCCUUGGUGCCCCCGGAGGAGCCUUUCGACUAUUUCCACCCGCACUCCGGCGGGGGUGGAGCGGCGGCGGCGGCGACCGCUGCCGCUGCGGGGGAGGCGGAGGACGGUUCCGAGCCGUCGGUUCUGGAUGAGCUGGAACUUUUGGAUUUUGAUUCUCUGAGCUGCUCAGACGAGUCCGAUGAAACAUGGUUGUACGUGCCAUCAAAAGCCAGAGAGUACACAGAUGCCUCCCUCACACCUCUGCAGUGGUGCCGGCAGGCUCUGGACUCUCCCAAAUCAGAGGUGGAGGCCGCCAGGAGAUCGCUGUCCCUCCGACUGGAACAAGUCUCCAGGUGGCGUAGCUCCCUGUCCAGCCCCUCUCCCACCUCCUCCCCCGGCCCUCCUCUGAGUCGAGUGGCCGGAGUGUCACCCAUCAGUGCUUCCCCAUCAGCCAAAACCUGCUCCACUCCCCAGCUGCCUGAAAGACACGCUCCAUCCCUCUCCUCCCCGCUCCACCCGGUCCUCCAUCGGACGCUGAGUCCUGUAGGGAAGGAUCUCUCCCCUGUAGCUGAGAGGACUCCCACGUUCCUCCCCGCCAGCCGCAGCCGCAGCCUCCGGCGCUCCACCCUCAGCCCACAGUCAUCCAUGGACAGCGACCUUGGUUCCUCCGAGGUGGAGGACGACUCCAUCACUCUGGGAUACAAACUGCAGGACCUCACCGACGUCCAGGUUAUGGCCCGACUGCAGGAGGAGAGUCUAAGACAGGACUACGCCAGCACGUCGUCCGUCCUGGCCAACCGCCGCAGCCAGAGCUUCACGUUCCAGCUCAGCCAGCUCAGCGCCGGCCCCGACCUGGAGGAGGAAGACGAGGAGGACGACGAAGACUACGGCCUCCUGCCCCCGCCGCAGCCACGCCUCACCCGCCUGCCCCACUCCCACACUUUCUCCAGCAUCCGAGACUGGCGAAGAAGCACCAGCUCCCUGUCCACCCCACCUUCCACCCCCUCCACCCCACCUUACCCUUCCGCUGGCUUCGCCUUUCAACCGCAGCUCCAAGCCCAGCCGCAGGGGCUUGGACUGGGCAGCCUCUGCGCAGUCGAGCAGCAGGGCUUCAGACCAGGAUCAGAUAAGCUGCGGAGGAGCAUGCCUAACCUUGUAAGAACUCCCAGCAUGCCCAGUGUGCCCAUUCCAACCAAUCCUAGUGCUUCCCCUUCUUUGCUUCGUAACAGCCAGAGUUUUGAUUCGUCCAGUGGGCUGGCUCGACUGCAGUCCUCCAUCCCCUCCCCAGGCCAGCUACAAAACAGGGUCCAGAGCGUCGGGAACUUCUCCUCGUUGUCACGGCAGCCAAUAAAGGCCACCGCCUACGUCAGUCCCACCAUCAAGGGCUCAUCCUCCAUGCCGACCUCCACCAGCCUCCAGUGUCUGAACAUCAGCAGCGGGGCUAACAGCGUGGUCAGCAGUGGCAUCCCUAUGCUCAGUAAACCUCCAGGUGGAGGGGCGACACCCACUUCCACUCCAAACACGCCCCGCAGCGGCCUGCCUCGCCCCGCCUCGUUUGUUGGGACCCCAAGCUCCACCCCCCGCAGCAAGGUGGCCCAACCCGCACGAAGUUUACUGACUCCUCCAAAGAGCUUGUCCACCCUCAGUGCCCUUCGUGACAGCACCUGGAGAGACGGCUGCUACUGAUGAUUGGAUGAACUGGUGCAGUAGUGGAAACCCCGCUGGCUGGGGCGACUCACUACACCUCAGCAUAAACGUUUUCCUUGGGGACAUUUGAACGGGUUUGACCAAAAACUAAAUCUGCAUAAAUCCUGCAUAGAAUCCAAAAGGGCCACAGCUGAACUCAUCCAUUCAGUUCUAUGCAGAAUUUCUUCGGGGAAGGCGGGUUAUUUUUUUUGAGUGCGUGCAUGUCUGGUUUCAUUUUACCAGCAGCUUGACACUCUGAGUUCGGUCCGUGCCAAGGGGGAGUCUUUCCCUGUCGCUCUUGUGCAAUAAACACACUGGCUGUAGGGUACCAGUAAUACUAACCUGCUAAAGAGGGCUGCCAGUUUUUAUGAGCCUCACAAUACUGUAUGUAUUUAUAUAUUUAUUUUCAAUAAAAUUUCUAACUAAUCAGGUGUUUUCCCUCUGGCAACAAGCGCCAACGAUGCUGCUAAACGUGAAUCAGUCCCUGUUGGUUUGGGCACAUUUGGUCUAAUUUUUACAUUAAAGUAUGUAUUCGUGUACAAAGCUAACUAUUAAGUGUGCUAAUUAUAAAUAUAUAUAUUGAUGCAAUAUUAUUGAAUUUAAAUGUGACCAAAAGGAAAAAUGUCUGAAUGUGUUUACAAAAUUGUCUCACCAUGGCGUCACUAAACUGUGCAUACUAACACUUUAAAAUGGUUCAACGCCCUGUAAGGGAUCUGUUCUUGUUGCACUUUGUAUAAAUCUUUAAUAUUUUUAUGUUCUGUUUCCUAAUGUUUGCACUUCCUUUUACAUUGGAUCUUCUGGAUUUAGGGGAAAACUGUUAAAUUGGGAGAUUUCACAGUUAUACACGGCAUAAUGUAGCACUCUUUGUUUGUAAUAUUUGACUUGUGUUUUUAAAUGAUUGUCACCAUGGCACAUUUCACAGAAUCCUGAACCCUUUUGUUACUGUGAUGGACUGAAUGAGUGAAACAUUUUAAUAAAAUG